UGUUCACAAAACCGUUGCUAAGAUAACGCGUACCAGUGCCAAUAUACUUACAAGUUACAACAGAAACCCGAUCCGUUGUAUAAAAACUUCAUAUUAUCCGGAUUACGACUUUAAAAGCUAUUAUCCGGGACCUACUUUUACAGUUUACACUUUACAGUUUUAAGUGCAAUUUCGAACUAAAAACGAUAUAAUAAUGAAUUUACGUCUGCACAUAUUUUUUGGUCAAUUGCUGUGGUUGAUAUCCGUGUUGAAUGGUAAAAGCUUCCAAGGCAUACCCGGGUACGGGAGAAACCUGGUAAUCAAAGCUAUACCGGCGGUGGAAGAUUACCAGAGCGAUCUAUAUGAAGUGUUCAUGGAGCCUUAUUUCUAUGAACUCGGCACAGGGCUCCCCGUAGGAGGUGAUCGAUCACAAAAGCAAAUAGAAUUAGCAACGCCCCGCCCAGGUCUCAGAGCGAUAGUACAUCUGCGAGCCGACCAGGAGUCUGAAGUGGACGGCGACCUGGUCUUCACUCAGGUCGUCCCCAACGGGCCCGUGACCAUCGAAGGCAACAUCACAGGCCUGCCCGCCGGGCUACACGGUCUGCAUGUCCACCAUAGUGGCGACAUUAAGGACAACUGCCAGGAGAUUGGACCUCACUUUAUAGCUUAUUAUGGACGCCAUGGUGGACCGCGCGACAGCAUACGCCAUGUCGGCGAUCUGGGCAACAUAAAAGCUGAAGAAAACACGCCACUAAACGUGAAAAUUUUCGACCACCUCAUCUCUUUGACUGGUCCCAGAUCUAUAGUGGGCCGCUCCAUAGCCAUCACGAAGAGCGAGGAUGACUACGGCCGAGCGGGCACUGAAGACAGCGCGCUCACCGGCACGUCGGGCCCGGCCAUCGCUUGCGGUGUUAUAGGAUACUUGAAUUAAACGAUCUUGACCCUUAAACGGUCUUACUUUGCUUGUACUGGAUUAAAUUAUACUUUGAGACUUUAUUUUGUAGUAAAAAUAAUAUUAACACAGUAGGUAGGCCUAGCAUCAACGACAAUGCAAAAAAAAGGAAGAUAUUUUUGAUACCGCUGCUAUUGAUGGACAAUUUCGCUUCUUUCAAUACUUUUAUAAUUUAUAAUUUCAAUACUAGUAUCAUAGGCCUACAGACCACAGUGGCGUAACUGGGUGGCAGGGUUGGCAAAAAGCCAACGGGCCCAUGAUCUAAAAUGGCUCGGCUCGAGACUGUGAGCUCAGAAAUGGGUAAUCUAACAUUUAAAAAAAAUGUGACUAUUAUUCUUGGGCCCCAUACAAUGAAUUUGCUACGGGCCUCAGGUGUCAGUUACACCACUGACCAGGGUGUGCCAGUUAGUAUAUUCGUGUGUUCACGAGACGGGUUAAGGCUAGUUAUAGAGAACCUAAUUUUUAUAAAAACUGAGUUUGUUAGAACUUGCUCUAAGCAAGUUAUCUGUUUUACAUUAUUUAAGGGUCAAACGUUUGAUACCUGGCACUUCAUAAAGCCUCCUACCCAAACUAUAAACUCUAAGACCGUCAAGGUCAAAUUUAAAGGUACAAAUUUAUUUAUAGGCCUAUUUGAAUAGUUAUUGUGAUUUUGGUUAUUAUCUCCUAAUUUCAAUGCCACAUCGACAAUUAAAUAAAUAAAGCAUUGGACCAUUUAAAAUAAUUACUCAUGCAUCGUGGGAAAUCACGAUUUUUUAAAGUCAUAAUAUUUUAUAACAAUAUAUGUAUAAAGUUAUAAUAUUAUACGAGAAAAAUAUUAUUAAUACUAUUCUUCCCGACGGAAACGAAAACCGACAAUCCAUUAGACACUUUAUACUUGCAUUAUCCAGAGUAUUCUUCAGAAUUAAAUUUUAUAGGUACCUAAAGCUGUGAUUCUCAUUUAUGCUUGCUAAAAUUUCUUACUUACGAAUUAAUCUUACAGCCAUAUAAGACAAGAGUAAAUAGGCAUCUCCUAGGCAAGUGUGUUAUAUCUUAGAUCAAUAUUAGGUACCUACUUACCUUAGAUUUUUUAUUCUAAGUAUCCGCAACUAAUACUAAUAAUAAUAAAAAUGCCACAAAAAUAUAGUCACACCUAAAUAAAAACGAUAUUUUUUUUCACACGAUUUAUUUUACGGCAAUUUACAAAAAGUUAACAAAAUAUGCCCAUAAUAUCGUAGAGUAACAAUGUAGAGUAAAAAAAAAGUUGAGAGCACCAUUUAUUUUUAUUUAUUUUACUGAACAAAAGUGACCA